AAUAUAAUUGAGAAAGUCAUUCGAAAUGUGAAGGAGAUAGCGUAUCACUGUUUCAUUUCAAUCCGUUACAAACGCGUGAAUAACUGUGUACAUAAAAUAUCACCGCCCAAAGUUGUCCUGAGAGUUUAUAUCAAAAUCCUUUUAUCUGGGGAACAGUUUGAUAUUAAUAGUUUGUGUACGGUUAAGAAUGUCCAAUAACAAAAGUAUUUAAACGUUAGUGAGGUUAAUAUUGACUGGGAAAAAUUUACACUCCACAGUCGGGACGACGGAGCGACUAUAAUGACUUGAAUAUGACAUUUAUGGAUUAAUACUUUGACGUUUUGAGAAAAUGACGACCUGUAGAGAAUUCCGAUUGUUUUUGUAAUCUGGAAAUUAGCAUUAUGAGGGUACCUGGAGAGGAGUACGAACGGAUAUGUAGCUUUCAUGGUUGGCUAAUACCUCCGAAGGUUGUCCUAGCCUUUAUUUCGUUUGGAAGUCUUUUUGUUUUCCUUGGGACAGUUUUUCUCGCCGUUGGAAGUCCUUUAACGAUUCCUGGAGGUAUUUUAUUAGCCAUUGGACUUAUAUUAGUGUUGAUCAGCAUUGCUCUGUGUUUACAUUCAUGUUUCGUGGUGAGACUGAGGGAUCAGGAAACCCAGACGUUUGAUGGCAUACAUGUUAUGACCCCUGAGAAAGUAGAUCAACCAGAUUUCAUUCCAACGUAUGCUGUUAUUGACAAAAAACCACCACCUUCACCCUCAAGUCUUAAAAAUGGACGCGGUGGUUCGUCUUAUCCCAAGAAAUACGUAACAUUGAACACUCGUCCAGAAUACCAGACUUCUAGAGACAGCACGAUUCCAAUGCAAUAUUAUACAUCUAAUAAGCCUGCCCCUCCUCCUUAUGGCUACCCAAAUCCAAAAUAUCCAGCUCAAAAUGGAUACGCAAAUUAUGAUUAUCCAAAGUCUACUCUCGGCGGAGGACCGUUGCACCCAUCGCACGGCGGAGGACCGUUGAACCAAUCGCACGGCGGAGGCCAGUUGAAUCAAUUGCACGGCGGAGGACAGUUGAAUCAAUCGCACGGCGGAGGACCGUUGCAUCCAUCGCAGCCGACACCUUACAGCACGUUGACACAACGAGAUCACAUGACUAAUCAACCAAUAAGAUCAGGCCCGCAAGUUCAAAGGUCUUUCAGUGAAGACUAUGAUAACACUUUUGAUACUACGCCGAUGAUGUCAUAUUCAAGUCAUGGUAGUUCAGGUCAGACACCAACAUGGCGUAGUAUGAACGACGAUAUUCCAGAACCUCAGCCAUUGGUUUAUCCAUCAGAAAGACGACCAAUGACAUUUCAACAGCAAUCGUCGUCUAAAAUGAGUAUUUAUGAUAAUGUACAAUUUGGAUUGGAUAAAAUGGGGAAUGAAUGAUGAAUAUUGUGUGUAGCUAUUAUUAUAUCGACUUUAAUACUCACUUUCCAAUUUGAUUUGUGGCAGCAAAUAUAUAACCUGUUCACAAUUUGUUCAUGAUGAUAUAAGUGCCUUUGAAAUGCUUAUUUCAACUGUUGAAAUGGCAAAAGAUUUAGCUUUCGCUUAUUAAUAUAUAUAUGUUGGUA